CGCGACUAAAUACAUAAUCACCUUAUCAAUCUGUACUUUUUAAUUCACGAGAUGCGUAUUAUUUAUCGCACGUUGUAACCAAGAACGAUUAACCUUUUAAAGUGCAGAUUUGAGCCAAUUAAUUUUUAAUGUUAUUCAUCCCUCCAUCCAUUGGCCAAAUAGUGAAAAAUACAACUCUGUCGUCCGUGCUUUCAAUUAAGUCCACGGAAGUUGCAAUCACCACAGGCUGAUGAGGAACGAGCUUAAGAUACAAUAUCAGAUAUUGUAGAUUCUAUCGGAUUAAUGCAAGAUUAGUAUCGGAGCGCAAGAUGACUUGAGUGUCAUUUCUUCAGGAAAGUGCUGGCGGGCAGGAAGAAAGAAUCCUUUUACUAUACGACGUUGAGGAAAGUGUUUAUGAUUGAUAACUUUUGGAAUAUUAACCAAUCUUUGGAGAGACUGGGUUCGAAAUGGAGGCAGGAGCUAGCAAAAAGUCGAGGAAGGAAUUAGAAAUGGAGUCAGAUUUUCCAGCUCCCGAUGGUGGUUGGGGGUGGGUCGUAUGUCUUGCUGUAGGGCUCGGUCAAAUGCCGCUCAUAUUCCAAUUCGGCUUGAUAUACAAAGACCAUAUGCCGAAUUUAGGGUUCAGUGCUUCACAAAUCACUACCAUCAUGAAUUUGUACAACGCGUUUUCGUUUUUUGUAGGACUAUCGAAUGGACCACUCUUUCGACGGUUUUCAUUUAGAAAAAUUGGCAUUGGUUCUGCCAUACUAGCAAGCUGGGGCUUAUUUCUCACUGCCCACUCGUCGACGUUUUUGGAAUAUGCACUUUCGUUCGGAGUGCUCUAUGGUGCUAGUUUCGGGUUAUUUUUGUCGACCAUCGUUGUUGUUCUCAACACUUACUUCUGUCAAAGGCGUAGAAUGGCGAAUGGGAUUGCUUGGACACUGGCAUCGCUUGGACCGUUUGUCAUGCCCAUCAUCACCAGCAUACUCUUGGACCAUUAUGGUGUCAAUGGAACGGUUCUAAUUUGUUCUGCGUUCGUACUGAACUCUGCUGUUUGCGCCUUAACUUUCCAACCUGUAAGUUGGCAUAUUGGUAAAGAGAAGGUAAGGUCCUUGCACUCGAUUGAAAUGGAGGACCAAAAGCAUCUAAAAGAUACUGAAACGUACUCAGAUGGGAUGCUGCCUCCUGUGAAAAAUGGGAGAAGAAGCAGAAGGAAUGAAAAGUCUUCCAUUUACCAGAGAAUAGCGUUUUCCUUGGAUUUGGACUUAUUCAAGGAUUCGAACUUCGUUAUAACGAUGUGUGGAUUAAGCGUUGCUGAUUUUGUUGAAAUGAAUUUCGGGAUGCUGAUGGCGUUCAUUUUCAAUGGUUACGGCUUCUCGAAGGAGCAAAUUGUGACUCUUUUAUCACUGAUGGCAGGAGUGGACAGUUGUAUGCGACUUUUAAUUCCACUGGUGGUCGGACAAAUGGCUUGGACUAAUCGAACCUUUUACAUGUCAGGCAUUUUAAUAUCGGCAGCAUGUCGUGCUAUUGUGGCACAGACGCAGAAUUACUCCGUGAUAUUCUACACAUGCUUUUUAAUCGGUAUUGGUAAAGCCAUUACUGCUGUUUUCCUGAACCUUGUAAUAUCAAGUUGCGUCCCAAUUAAACGUCUUCCUGCGGCAACGGGGUUGCAACUGACGAUGUCAGGAAUUUUCACAAUAUCGAUGGGACCAGUUGUUGGCGUAAUCCAGCAGAAAUAUAGCGCCGGGACGAUGUUGAACUGUUUGAACGUGCUUACAGGCUUAACAGUUGUCUUGUGGAGUUGCCAAAAUAUAUGUUGUAGGAGAAAACGAUGA